AAAGCUAAAAUAUUCUAGACAAAAACUAUUUAAUAUCAGCACCAAAAAUGAAUCCCAAUACUCCUUUCAGUGGACAGCCAUUAGGAGUUUUUCAAGCAUCAUCUGGUGUGUCAACUGGAAUGUUUCCAGGUCAGCCACCGUUCCAGUUUAAUCAGCUCUCUCUCUUUGGACCGAACAGUGGAGGAGUAAAGAAUUCAGGAUCUACUCACCUAUCUGACUUUACCAUGACUUCAGGGCUGCAUAAUUCUCCAGGGCAAGGCUUGGGAUUUGGGCAACUUCCAGGGUUUACACAAUCUUAUUCUCUUGGACAAACUACAUCCUUUGUGACUUCUGCACCAAUGACUGCUUCUGUUCCCAGCAAACAAGGAUUUAGUUUUAGACCACCCACAAAUCUUGGCACUUCUCAGAGUACUUCUGCUUUUGGAGCUGUGCUUGGAGAAGCUUCAGGCAGUGGUUUUGUGAAACCAGAUUUCAGUUUCAAAAGUCCUGAAAAUGCCAUGUUCAAGCCUAUCUUUGGCACUAGUUCAGAACCAGAGAAGGUAUCAACUUCUGCUGUUUCUUCUGCUUUUACAUUUUCUUUUCCAGGUGGCACAGGACCUGGAAAAUUAACCCCAUUUGUCAUUUCUCAAGAAAGUAGCAAUUCAACCAAUACAGGUUUCAGUUUUUCCAAACCAGUGAGUAGUAGUACUUCAGCAGUUUCUUUCAGUGCUCCUUUACCAAGUAAGACUCUGGCAGAUGAUAAAAAGAGACCCAUGGCUCCCUUUACAGGUCCUGGUAGUAGUUUUACUUCUUUUUCAAAUUCAUAUUUGCUUUUAAGAGAAACUUUCCCAGUUAAUAAAACUAACAAAAUGGAACAUGAAGAUUUGUCAAUCUCUGGUGAACCACUUCCCACUCUUGGGAAGGGACUAAAAAGGAAAGAAGAACCAGAACAUUCCCCAAGACAUCAUGAUUAUGAUGCUGUGGAUGAACCAGAACUUCCAUCGAGGAGUGAUCAUGCUUCCAAUAAGCGUCCUGUUAGACUGACUCGCCCCCCGACACAAGGUCUGUUUGGUAGAGUCUUACAAGAUGUUUUCAAAAGCAACAAAAAAGAACCCAAAACUGAGCGUGUUCCCAUUGAAUCUGGAGAAAUGGAACCAACAAAUGUGGCAGGGGGAAGUCAGUCUGGUUUUACAAUGGCUAAACCAAUAUCAACGCUGAGAAAGGAAGAAAAUAAGGGAAAAUUGAAACAUGAUUCUGCUGCCUCAAACCCUUUGCGUCGAAAUCGGAGCAGUGGGAGCAUAGAGAGCCUUGGAUGCUCGCCAAGUGAACUGACAGCCAUCCAGUGUAAAAAUAUUCCUGAUCAUCUAAAUGACAGAAAUGUUCUUCACAAUCAUUUGGAGAAGUUUAUUAAAAUCCAACAGAUCCGUACCAACCUUAACAAAAAGCUAGCCAUUAUACGCUGUUUUGAUCAUGCAUCUGCCAUUUUGGCUAGAAAGAAAGUAAAAGACCUACACAGAGAUAUAGUGACAAAUUGGCAUAAAAAGAAACCAAGUCCUAAUAAGAAAGGCUAUUCAGCUGAGGAGGAGAAGCUAGAUGAAAGUGAUGGGAGGCAGAGCAAUGACCAACUGAGCCAUCAGCCUUCUCUACUUUCUAAGUCUUUAAUCCGUCCCACUGGUAGUGGAAAUCUGCCGAACAAGAGUUCUCCAGCUAAGAAAUCUGGCCUUAAAAAGUCUCUGCAAUAUGAGCCAUAUGCCUUUGACUGUGGAUCUGAAGGUCAGGGCUCAGAGCAUUCAGAGGUGUCAGCCUCCUCCUUCAACAGUCUUAUAGGAAUGGUGGCAGAGACCUCUGAGGAUAAGUACCGUCUUUUAGACCAAAGAGAUAAAAUAAUGCGGCAAGCUCGAGUGAAACAAAUAGAUCUUGGCAAAGCUAAAACCUUCGUUGGCACAUGCCCAGACAUGUGUCCAGAAAAAGAGCGUUACAUGAGAGAAACAAGGAACCAAAUUAGUUCUUUUGAAGUGAUCCCAGGAACUGACAAGGUUGACCAUGCCGCAGCAAUAAAAGAGUAUAGUAGGUCUUCCGCAGACCAGGAAGAACCUUUACCACAUGAACUGAGACCUUCAGAAGUGUUAAGCGUGACCAUGGACUAUUUAGUAACUCGUAUCAUGGAAAAAGGAGAAGGGAACUACAGGGAGUGGUAUGAUUUUGUCUGGAACAGAACCCGAGGGAUAAGAAAGGAUAUAACCCAGCAACAUCUCUGUUCUCCUCUGACUGUUUCCUUGAUUGAGAAAUGUACCCGUUUUCAUAUUCACUGCUCCCAUCAUUUGUGCGAAGAACCCAUGUCAUCAUUUGAUGCGAAGAUUAACAAUGAAAACAUGACUAAAUGUCUCCAGAGCCUGAAGGAGAUGUAUCAGGACCUUGCAAACAAGGGUGUUUACUGCAAGGGUGAAGCAGAAUUUAGAGGAUACAAUGUCCUCCUGAAUCUCAACAAGGGGGAUAUCCUCAGAGAAGUGCAACAGUUUCGUCCAUCUAUCCGAAACUCUCCUGAAGUUAGAUUUGCAGUUCAAGCUUUUGCUGCAUUAAACAGCAAUAAUUUUGUCAGAUUUUUCAAACUUGUGCAGACAGCGUCUUACCUGAAUGCAUGCUUGCUUCAUUGCUAUUUCAAUCAGAUUCGUAGAGAUGCUCUAAAAAGUCUCAAUUUUGCUUAUACUGUGAACAACCAGAGAUCCACCAUCUUUCCACUGGAUAAUAUAGUUCGCAUGUUGCUAUUUAGAGACCUUGAAGAGGCAACUGAUUUCAUAAGUUACUAUGGCUUGGGUGUGUCUGAUGGCUCUGUGGAGUUGAAUCGGUCUGCCCUUUUGGACCGAGAAAGCUUUCCCAAGCCAAAGAAAUCACUGUUUGUUGGGCAGAAGCUCACCCUGUCUGUUGGAGAAAUUGUCAGUGGGGGGCCUCUCCCGCCGAUGACUCGUCAUGUACCUGCGUGCAGUUUUAAUGCUCAGAACAGAUACAUAGGAGAGAAUGCAGUAGUGGAUUCAGCCAGCAAUAUUCUGAGAGUCGGUGUUGAUAUGACAGAACCAAGAAUGGGAGAGGAAAAUGUAAACAAGGAAGCACUUCAGUCUGAAUCUUCAUUUUUACUUCUUCCAUUCCCGUCUACUCUGGUGUCUUCCUCUGCAGAGUCCAUCUUCCAGCCCAUUGCACAACCAUUGUCUCCCAUACCAAAGCAUCAGCCUGAAUACAGUGAUACAGACAUUUUAGAGGUAGCUGAAGGCCUUACAUAUGAGGUGCUAGAAGAAGAAUGCAAAGAAAUCAGCAGUGCAGGAGCAGCCUAUAUACAAACAGCAAUAUGGAUCUCUGACAUUACUGUAAAUGAACUUGUGACAGAAGCGAUGUCAGGAAUUUUGAGGCAAAUUGCAUCUGUUGUCAUAAAUGAAGAAAGGGAAAGAUUUGAAGAAGAAAAGCGUCAGGCCGAAGAAGAGAAGCAGAAAAGGGAAAAAGAAGAGAGAGCACAACAGUUAAGCCAGUCACUGGGUGCCGAACUGGUGGAAGAAGUAGUAAAGCAAGAAACGCAAGAGAUUUCUGUUAAGGAGUUAAAGUGUGCUGUGGAGAAAGACCAAAAGGCACGCAUUGCCCGGUGUUCAAAAGAAAUCUGUACUGAAAUGAUGGGUACAUUUUUGGAGGAUGAAAUUUUCCAAAAUGCUAAGGAGACCUUGCAAGAACUUCAGUGUUUCUGCAAAUACUUACAACGAUGGAGGGAAGCUGUUUCAGCCCGAAAGAAAUUGAAGCGACAGAUGAGAGCGUUCCCAGCAGCACCGUGUUACGUGGACCCGAAAGAUAAACUGAAAGCACUUUCACCUUCUGCAGAGUGCCCAAUUGCCAAGGACCAUCUCAUUAAAAGAAUUGUCAACUUGGGACAUGCAGGGAAUCUUGGUACCUCCUGCCUGCAGUUACAGUGGAUACGGAACAAGACCAUCCACCAAAUGAAAGUACAGCAUUUUUAUCACCAAUUAUUACAGGAUGCAGCGUGGACUCCACUAGACCUACCAUCAUUAAUUGCUGAAAACAUUCCUCUGCAACAAGAAAAGAUCUUUUGGAAAGCACUUCUGGUGUUGCCAAGCUAUGAUGAGCAUCCUGCUGCAGAUCCCCGCAGAAUUCUGAUGGAAUGGUUGAAAGCUAAAUUUCAAAUCAACAGAAAUGAAAAGGAAACUGCAUCUCGGGCAAAUUACAAAAUUCAGACACUUGCACUGCAUUCAUCUCUCCAGGCACGAGAAGAUCAAGAAACUUGUGUUAGCGUGUGCAUAAAGGUGGCUUAUGGAACACUUGGCACCUCUGAACUUGAAGACCCGGAAACUCUGAAAGAACUACUUGGAACUAGUGGGCUUAUUCUCCUGCUGUCUCCUCAAGUAAGAAGUGAGGAUCCUGCAGAGGAAGAUGUCUAUUGGCUUUCAGCCUUGCUUCAGCUGAAACGGCUCCUUCAAGUGAAACCUUUCCAGCCAAAACUACCUCUUGUGGUUCUUGUCCCCAGUCUUGGAAAUGAGACUGUGAAAAAGGAAGUAGAAGAAGGUUUGAUGCUACCUGACUUGAUUUCAGCUAAACUUAUAUCGAACUACAAUGUUGUUGAAAUCCCAGAUUCUGUGAAUGAUUUGCAGGGUUCCAUCAAGCUCUCUGAGGCAGUACAGUGGCUGGUUGCGCAGUGCCCACAGCCUGUCAGACUUUGCUGCCAGACACUCAUGCAGUACCUUGAGGAUGGCCUUGACUGUUACUUCACCCAGGCUUUCUACCAAGACAGGUGGGAGAGACGUGUGGCUGGGUUACCCUCUCAAGAUCCUAGUGCCAUAAUAGAGCUGUACAACAGCGUGAUACAGUUCCUAGCUGAAGUUGCCUCUUCAGAAGAUCUCAGAGAGCUCUCCUGGCCUGUAGCCGAAUUUGCAGAGGCUGGAGGCAGCAAGUGGCUCCCCCACCUCCAGUGGAACAGACCCAGCCAUCUUGCAUGGCUAAAGAAGGCCCUGCUGUCCUUUCAGAUCCCUCAGAUGGACCUUCCUCCUUUCCGUGCUCCCUGGCAUCCUGUUUGUGCCAUGAUUUUCCAGUAUGUGUCCCAAACAGCUAGCUCUCUUCAGACCCAGGAGAUACUUCAAUCUCAGGUAGAGAAUUUGUUGAGCAACACUUACUUGAAGUGGAAGGACCAGAGGCAUGUCAAUGCAGGAGAAAAUGGCCCUUCUGUUUGGGAGAUUCCUUGGGAUCAUAUCUUGGCCCUGUGCAUUAACCAUAAAUUGAGAGAUUGGAAGCCUCCUCGUCUUUCAGUAGCACCAGAAGCAGUGAGUAAAGAUGGACAGAUACACAUAUACUUUUUAAAGGAGCAAUUGCAAAAAUUCAUUUGUCCUUUCUCAUGGGAGGAAGCCAGAUUAAAAACUCAGAAGGAGAUCCAGCAAAAUCAAGAAAGGACUAAAAUAAAGACUUUUGCAAAACUCUAUUCCCCUCUAUUGUCUCCAGCUAAACACUGUGUCAGCCAAGGAAUUAAAAACAACAAGGAACUCAAUAUCUCUGGCAGAGAUCUCACAUUGGCAGUUUCAGAAAUGGAUCUUCUCCCAGAGUGCCUGUCUGCUAAGCUACAGCUGGAAAAAGCAGAGAACGAGAGGUUUGAUGAACAGCUGCAGCAGUUGUUAGUUAAAGGUUCUGAGACACUCCAGGACUCCUUGUCUCUGCCUCUUUAUCUUCCUGAAACUCUAGUACCUGUGCCCCAGAUUAUUCAACCAUUGGCCAGAACUCCAAAAUCAAGAAGCCCAGAGGCUGGGACAGAAAGGAGAGACACAGAUACCUCUUUAUUCAGCAGACUGGCAUACUUGGAACAAUUGAUCAAAGUUAAUAAAGAAGAAGAAACAGCUUGUGAAUUCCACAUGUCUGCAUUGCUAGACAUGGUAGAUGCUUGAUCAGCAUUUCUCGAAACUGGUAGAACAAGAGAAGUGACAAUGUAUGACAUCAGACAUGAAUAACAAAAGUCUGCAUAAAAACAAGAGCCAUUGUAGAUGGAUGACUGAUAAUUCUUGCAUAUGGUUGUGUAAUACUUCCUUGAUGAAGUUGAAUGCAUCCUUUGGUCUUGCUUUUUGAUUUGAUUAGCUGUACAUAUAUACCUGGAAAUAAGUUCCAUUAAUCUCAAUAGAACUUAUUUCCAUGAAAGCCAGUUCAGUUAUAGUUUCUACAUAGCCAUAAUUUCUAUGUAAGAAUUUACUGUAUCCUGUAAAUUGUAAUAUUGCUACCUUAUGGCCAUGUAACUUAUGCUAUGUAGGUGAAGUCUUGAAUCCUAGUUAAUAUAAAGAAGUUCAUGGACCGUGUAUUUCCUGUCUUUUACUCCCCUCCCUAGGAGUUGGGAAAGGGUCUUCUGGACAAUAUGGAAUGUGGCAGAGGAGGAGGUUGAAAACUUUCUUUUAUGGACUUCCUUAAGUUCAGUCAUAUUACAGUCUGCCAAUAUGAAUGUUAUGAACAUUAGAAUGAAUUCAUGGGCCUUAGUGUAUAUUUUACAUUUGUAUUGGAAUUUCCAUGGUUGAAAAAAAAAAAAGGUUAUUUUGAAUCACAACUGGAGUUACUUUCAGUCAUGAAGGAGUCUUAGAGAUCAGGGGAUUACUAGAACAAGAUACUUUUAGCAUCUUGUUUUUUUCCUCCUGUGGGAUAUGAACAGAUUCCCUCUCCCAUGACAUCCUGGAAUUUUUUACCAUAAAUGCUCUAUUCUUUGUCAUCUGAGAUCUAUUAAAAAACCCUGAUCUUAGUUCACUGAGUGAACUCAUUCACUUCAUUUUAUGAAGUGACCUCAGAUCUUACAUUAAAAAUAUUAGAACGUAUUUUUAAUGUGAAUGGCAAUAUCUUUAUCAAGAAAAUAUUAUCAUGGAAAUAUUCUUAAAUACACAGAUUGUAAAGUGGGCAGUAGCUUACUUGCUUAAGAGUAAGAAGCUUGGCAACUGUAUUUUUCCUUUAAAACUAAUUGUGUAAUUUUCUAUUUUAAUGUAUAAUGUAUAAAUUUCUAUUUAUAUAAUUCCUUUAUUUUUAGUUAAGUGUAAUGUUUUGAAAGUGGUAUUUGCAUUGUGACCAGCU